AUGGGCUUGGAUGAUAUUUCUCUCAUGGAUCUGCGCGACUUAGAUCCUCCGGCUGCCCUUGGACCGAAUCUCAUCAUGCUCUUUGCGACAGCCCGGAGCGAGCGGCAUUUGCACAUUUCAUCCGGUCGCUUCGUGCGAUGGCUCCGACGGAAUUGCAAAGUGGAUGCACGAGCUGACGGGCUCAUCGGGCCUGGGGAAUUGAAGACCAAAUUGCGACGGCUGCGAAAGAAAGCCAAGUUGAUGGGCACCAAUACGAUGAUUCCUCCAGGUGGCGACAAUGGCAUAUCCACGGGAUGGGUGUGUGUUAACUUUUCUACAAGUGACAGCGUGCCCGACGAAACCGCCAGCUUUGACGCCAGCGGGCGGUUCUCCGGUUUUGGCGCUGCUCGAACUGGAACCACCGUUGUAGUUCAGUGCAUGACCGAGCCCAGGCGAAACGAGCUAAAUUUGGAAACUCUAUGGCAAGGCGUGCUGAAGCGGAACUUGGAGCAAACAUUGAAGAUUAAAGGGCAGACCGUUCAGGACCAAACCGAAUUAGAGGCAUUGGUAUCGUCCAAGAUUCAGCUUCCCAACAACCCGUCCGCUGUACAGUGGCAAUACUUGCAGCAGGCUUCACAGCAGCAGAGAUUCUUUUCCACGAGCGCCAGAAGGCUCGAGUCUCAAGAUUACGAAGCUGCCACAUCUGAGAAGAAGCCAUCAGAGAGUUGCAACCUGUCAAAAACGCCUGCAGACUCCGAGCUCAAGACCCUUCAGCGACUGGUCACGGACCUUCACAUUUCAGGGACGUCUCUAGGUCAGAAAGUUGUUGAGCGCUUGAUAUCAGCAGUGUUUCAAGUAACUCACUCAGAGGACGACGCCCGCACACGCCUGGAGCUUGUUGAUCAACUACUACAGGCGGCCGAGGAGCAAGGCAUCUCUGUCCGAUCCAAGGAAAUGCUGGUCAUGUUGAUCGAAUGCAUAGCCACGUCAGCUGCGUACGGGCCAGAAUUGGAACGUGCGCAACGCAACCUGGAGUUCUUACUGCUCAAUCUCCAAGCACCACUAGAGCACAGCCAAACACUUAGGCUCAUGAGAGCCUACGCCGAGCGGCAAGCCUGGGAUCGGUUUUGGGACGCUUUCCGCGCGCCUGCCAGAUUUCGAAUCGCGCGACCCCCAGAACUCUAUGAGCUGGCUUACCGCGUCAUGGCCUCUACACAAGACACCAAGAUGUGUAUCGAUGCAUUGCGGUGGGUGUACCCGGAGAUGCUGAAAGAGGAACCGCCCGUUUAUCCCGCUGGCAGCGUCUAUCAUGCGCUCAAGGCCUGCAUCCUAGUCGCCGAUCCCGCGGCAGAGGAGAUGCUUCAUAACCCACCAUCGCUGGACUCGCUGGACCUCAUUGGUCAACGACGCCUUCAGCAUCGUGAGUUUGUGCGGGUCCUGAGAGAAGUCGAACAGGCUCAUCGCCAUCUGCUCGGUAGCCAGGCCCGAGAGGAGCGGGCACAGGCCGUGCAACGAUUCACGAAUAGCACGCCCUAA